UUGACUGUACGAGGUAGAAUUAAUCCGAGAUUUAACGCUUUUCCACAAUGAAGAUCUUCGGUAUAGGAGAGGAGUCCUGAUGGAAAGAAGAUUGGCACAGAAAGUUACUCGAUGUGUUUACACAGAUAUGUGUUGGUACAUGUACACUACCAUAUUUCUAUACAUAUACGGGUAGAUAUAUAUGCAUCUAAGCAUCAAAUUACAUGUACACUACCAUAUUUCUAUACAUAUACGGGUAGAUAUAUAUGCAUCUAAGCAUCAAAUUACACUUCAUGCAUGGGAGAUGCGUGUAUGAAUCAAAAAUCGAGGGGACAAAUUAACUGAGGGAGGUCAUUAAUUUCUUUCUCAAAAUUUGUUCAUCCUAAAUGUUCCAACAGCCCAUACCAAUAAAGGAUCAUCAACAAGACAACCUCCUCUUGUGUCCCAAGUCCCCAACUUCUAUAAAUAUGCGCCUAGUCCCAUUAUUACAUUUCCUAAGUUUCUCAUAUGCGUUGAUCACUACUAUCAUCAUCCUCUAAUUGAAUUUAUCAGUUAUUCUUUAAACGUUUAGCUUAAAUUUCCUCUCCCCCGCUCCAAAACAAAGAGAGCAACACGUACAUAUACAGUACAAUACAAAUGGCUCCUAAGAGACAAGUAGUUCUCACGAUGAUGCUAUUGCAUUGUCUAUCCCAUGUUUUGUCAUGUUCCAAUUGUUUCCAACCAGAUCACGAGGGCCCCACACCUCAACAUAACUACCUCGAUGUUGAUCAUCAUCAUCAUCUAGCAUACCCCUCAUCCAAGUCCAUAAACGACCAAUAUAGAGAUGGUCUUUAUGAUCCUGCAAGUUCGAGUUCUAGUCCGACAAGAACGCUUCGAGGGAGCUCUCCGUCUUCACCCAAGGCUGAGAGAACGGUCAGUGUCGAUGACUUUGGAGCCAAAGGCGAUGGAAGAACAGAUGACACUCAGGCAUUUAAGAAGGCUUGGAAAAAAGUUUGUUCUUCCAAAGGAGCGGUCCUCGUAGUGCCCCAGAAGCACUAUCUUCUCAGGCCCAUCUGGUUCUCUGGUCCUUGUAAAGAUGACCUCAGAGUCGAGAUUCACGGGACGGUAGAGGCAUCAGACGAUCGAUUGGACUACAGUAAGGAUAACAGGCACUGGCUCAUAUUCGAUAGCAUUCGGAAUUUGGUGGUGGAAGGAGGUGGUACCAUUGAUGGCAAUGGGAAGAUAUGGUGGCAGAACUCGUGCAAAAUCAACAAAACUCUUCCAUGCAAGAAAGCUCCAACAGCUGUCACCUUCUAUAAGUGCAGGAACCUAGUAAUGAGGAACUUGAAGGUCCAGAAUGCCCAGCAAAUGCACAUCAGUUUCGACGGGUGCUACAAUGUCAAAGCUUCCAAUCUCGCCGUGACAGCUCCCGGAAACAGUCCUAACACAGACGGGAUUCACGUCACCAGCACCCAGAAUAUAAAAAUCUCUCACUCCACCAUAGGGACAGGGGAUGAUUGCAUCUCGAUCGUGAGUGGAUCGCGGAGGGUGCAGGCCACAGACAUAACUUGCGGACCUGGGCAUGGAAUCAGCAUUGGAAGCUUAGGAAAAGGAAAUUCAGAAGAUUAUGUCUCAGGAGUGACAGUGAACAGGGCCAAGCUCUCUGGCACCACUAAUGGCGUUAGAAUAAAGACUUGGCAGGGAGGGUCAGGAAAGGCAAGAAACAUAAGGUUUCAGAACAUUGUGAUGCAGAAUGUGACCAACCCCAUCAUAAUAGACCAGAACUACUGUGACCAGGAUAAGCCCUGCAAACAACAGCGCUCAGCUGUUCAAGUGAAGAACGUGGUGUACCGGAACAUCAAGGGCACGAGCACGUCCGACGUGGCUGUUAAGUUCGACUGCUCCAAGACCGUUCCUUGUCGGGGAAUACUACUGCAAAAUAUUGGUCUCGACCAAGUCAGUGGUGAGGCUGCAAAAGCAUCGUGUAGCAAUGUGAAGUCCGCCAACAUAGGAGUCGUAUCACCACGCUGCAACUGAUGUGACCAAGAUGUCUGUUUCGAUGGUCAUUUACAUAUUCUAGGAUAUGGAUACUGUGAUCAUACUUGGUAAGGCCAGUAGUUUUAGUUUUAGGUCAAUCUUCACAUGGACGACUAGGAUUACUCAGAUAAUCGGCUCCACCAUGUACAUACGAAUAAUGUGUUGUCACGACCAAAAGAUUGGAUUGUAAUAUCGACUCAUUUGUAACAUUUGUUCUCAAAAUAAAGAACAUUAAUCAUGUUUCAGUUA